AGUAGUGGGAUAACCCGCACAGAUGUCACCGUGACAGAAAAUGGGGUGUGCCAUUUUAGUAAGGAAGCCCAGGGAAAGUGGUUUUGGGGUGAUUAAUUAUUAAGACUGUACUUUGGGAUAGCUUAAGUUUAAGGUGGCAAUUUACCAAAUUUGACAGUAUAACAUAUAGGUGGAUAUAAUAUCUGGAGUAGAAAUUGGACAUCACUAUUACAAGGUACAAGUUAGAGAAAUUGUUAAGGGCAGAGGAUUAGAGGAGGUUGCCCAGGGAGUUGUUAAGAAAAGAAGGGGAGCCCAGGACCAAGCGUUGUCAACCAUGGCAUCACAGGUGGCAGGAAGGUGUGGAGAACCACGCACAGUGUGGAAAGGGGCAGUCCGUGGCAUGGGAGGAGAAUCUGGAGAACGUGUGUCCUCGAGGCCAGUGGAGCCCGGGGUUUCAGGGUGCAGUUGCUUACGCUAAAUCAUUCUGAAACAAUGACCCAUACACGGACUCCCUUUUCGCUGAAACUAGGACACGUGCAAAACUCCAGAGUGCAAAACACAAGCCUUUAGAAACUGCACAUUGUCAAGUAGGGCUGCAUAUACCAGGAAGUGGGGUGGGGAUGCUAGGGUUUUUGAUCUAAGAAGGAGCCAGAAAGAGGUUUUCCAAUGAUGGUGGGCACAGCCUGGGUUGCAGAGCUUAAACCCUUUAGGCCAGCAGGGAGAGGUAGCCCAGUGUGGAGGAUUGGAGCUCUCUGUACCUGUUAUGGUUGUGAGAAGCCAAACAUGCUGGGUUUAAUUAGGAAUUAGCCGAAAGGGGUCUCUGGCUGGCAUGGAGAAGGAGAGAUGAUGCCUUUGAAAAACCCCACGGAUGCCCAGGGAAAGGUGAAAAAGCAAAGAAAUGUGGGAACAAAUCCUUGUUCCUAAGCAACAUCCCUGCUGAGAUGACAGAAGAAUGGCUCUGUACUGCAUCCUGAGGUGGCGGAUCCAGGAAGACCUUGUCGUCUUCAAAGCUGAGUGAUGAGAAAAGGCCCAGCACAAGUGACCUACAGUUAUUGUGAGAGAAAGCGGGAAAUGGAACAGGAACACAAAUGGCAGAUGAAGAGAAGUCAGCUGAACACUAAGACUUGGGAAUAGAUGUCCAGACAGCAGGUGACCUGAUGGAGACUGGCCAGGAGUAUCAGAGCAGACUUUUGUGGCAAGUUGGAUUGGCCAAUUAUGAAACGUCAAUGAAGGAGAGAACCAGUUUGGGAAAAACACUUAAUUUGAGUGCAGCCGAUGUUUCAAAAAUGAUUGUAAAUAACGGAAGCUACUCAGGAGUGAAGGCAGAGUUGUGUAAUGUGUGUCAGAACACGUUUCUCCCUGGUGAGCCUGGUGGGAUGCGUGUUGGAGAGAAUGCCGAGGAAUGUCAUACAACUGGGAGCCCCCUCAGGUGUGCCGAGUGUCCUAGUUGUCAUCCGAGGAAUCAGACUUUGCAGCAGCCUCUUGAAUUUAGUGGGCAAGCGAAAGACUUCAACAAGGGGGCAACACUCUGUACCUAUAGGAGAGCUCACAUGGGAGAGACUGCCUAUAGGUAUAAUGAACACCGGGAAGCCUGUGGUAAGUCAGCUGUCACUGCCCAAGAGAGAACUCACAUAGGGGAGAAUCACUGUGGAUGUAACAAAUGGAGGAACGCUUUUUGUGAGAAACCAACACAGUUGCAUCUUGGUCUAGCCGAUUUUGAGGAGCAACGCCAUAAACAUGAUCAAAGUGGGGGUAAUUUCAGCAAGAAAUCACACCUCGCUCAGCUUUCGAGAACUCCGUUAGAAGAGAAAACUUUUGAAUGUGAUGUAUGUGCUAAAACUUUCUACAAGAGGUCUAAUCUCAGUAAACAUCGGAAAAUACACACAGGAGAGAAACCCUAUAAAUGUAGCGAGUGUGAGAAGACCUUCAUUAGUAAAACAGUUCUUACAGUACAUCGGAGAACUCAUACAGGGGAGAAGCCCUAUGCAUGUGUCGAAUGUGGGAAAUAUUUCUGCCAUAAGUCACACCUGACUGUUCAUCAGAGAGUCCACACAGGGGAAAAACCGUAUGAAUGUUAUGAAUGUGGGAAAUCCUUCCCUGUGAAAACAAAACUCACCGUACAUCUGAGAACACACACAGGGGAGAAGCCCUAUGAAUGUAAUGAAUGUAGGAAAUCCUUUUACCAGAAGUCAGCCCUCACCAUACAUCAGAAGAUUCACAAUAGGGAGACACAUCAUGAAUGCAAUGACUGUGGUAAGACAUUCCAUAAGAAGUCAGUUCUCACUGCACAUCAGAGAACUCAUACAGGAGAGAGACCUUAUGAAUGUAAACAAUGUGGGAAAUGCUUUGGCCAUCGCCCAGCUCUCACUGUACAUCAGAGAACUCACACAAGAGACAAACCUUAUAAAUGUAACGAAUGUGGGAAAUCCUUUUGUGUGAAGCCAAAACUCACUGUGCAUCUGAGGGUUCACACAGGUGAGAAGCCCUUUGAAUGUAAGGAGUGUGGGAAAACUUUCUACCAGAAGUCAAAACUCACUGUACACCAGAGAACUCACACUGGUGAGAAACCUUAUGAAUGUAAUGAAUGUCGGAAAACCUUUUGUGAGAAGUCAACCCUCAAUAGGCAUCAGAGAACUCACAGGGGAGAGAAACCUUAUGGAUGUAAAGAAUGUAGGAAAACUUUCUACCAGAAAUCAGCCCUCACUGUUCAUCAGAGAACUCACACAGGAGAAAAACCCUAUGAAUGUAAUGAUUGUGGAAAAACCUUCUGUCAGAAAUCACACCUCAGCAAACAUUUGAGAACCCACACGGGGGAGAAGUCAUGUGUGGCAGAGACUGGCUGUAUGUAUACCAAAACUCACUUUCUCUUUAUGUUGGGCACACAGUUAGCCUACAUUUCUCAGCCUCCCUUUGUUGUGGGUGGGACCAUGUAACUGAGUUCUGGCCAAGAGAAUAUGAACACACAUGAUGAACAGUACUUCUAAGCCUGGCCACAAAAAAACCAAAAACCAAAAAAACAACAUACAUUUGCUGAGGUUUUUUAUUCCCUGUGCUCCUGAAGUGCAGAUGACACACAGGUUUGUCUUCAAAGCAAUAGAGUGAAGAUUGCAACCAUGACCUCAGGGAGAAAGAAUUGAUUGUGGAGGGCAGAAAUCUUUCCAUCUCUACCUCAGAAAUCCUCACUUGAACUUUACCUGAGUGAGAACCCUUCUAUGUGUGACCUGACUACAGCACUACCAGUCCAUUGUAGCCAGUUCACUUUAUGAAUUUGUGAAUUUGUGGCAGGCUUCUGUUGAAGUUACCAGUCCUUGUGUAGGAAACUCACAGAGGAAAGAACCUGUGUUUUCAUCUUUCAACCCUAAGUCAGAAAUCAUAGGAAGAAAUAAUGCAGUAAAUGUAGGAAUACCUUUAUUGAUCAGAGAUAGCUCAUUGAACAGUGAGAAUAAAGUAAAACCUGAUAAAUACC